AUGCCGCGAAUGCUUGGCUUGCCGGUUUAUUACACUGACGCUCAAUGGCGCGCAUUGAAAUCCAAAGCCAGAAACAACCAUCCAUCUAUUACAACUAGGAAUGCGGAGAUCAUCAUGGAAACUAUUAGAGUCUACGAUGCCAUUUUGAAAGAUAAGGAUCCGACACCUCUUCCUGAAUUUGCGGAUUCUAUCACAUAUGACAAGAGACAAGUCAAUAAGUUUGUACUCUAUGAUAGACACACAAAACACGAAUAUAUUACCGUCAUGAGCCCUUGCUACCUCCCAAAGCGUCGCCCUGACGCUCGCGUUGGCAAAGUUCCGAAGCAGGUUGACACGAUUAUCAAACCAACAAGAGAUCCUAGAGGAUCCACAUUUGGCUUUAUUAGAGAGCCCGAAGUUGCCAUUGUCGAAGAAGAAAAAGAAGCAGAGGAAUUGACUCUAGAGGAAAACAAGGCUGUCGGUGGGGAAAAGGUUUCGACCAAGAAAAGCGGCCCGGCAGGGAAGAAAACUCUUGCUGAGAAGAAGAGAAGUUCACGUUUGAAGUCGAAAUUGAGUGCCAGCGAGGACUUUGUUAGAAGAAGCUCGAGAAGAAUCGGUGGUGCAGCCCCCGUGAGUGCUGUUAUUGAUAUGGAUGAGGGAACCCCUGGAGCAGAAAUUGCGAAUCGGGAAUUGAGCAAGCUUGCGGAUUAUAACUCUCCGGGGUCAAGAGAAGGUUCUUAUGAAGGGGAUGAGUUGGCCGGCGACUUAGAUUUUAUGAAUGGUCCUCCCAUUCCGUACAAAUCGCUAUACAGUCAUCCUAAACUCGUCUACCAGUCUCCAUAUGCACCCAUUCCAGAUGCUUAUGGAAACAUCGCAAGCCGCGAAACCACCAUAUCAGCUCCACGCACAAUUACUCCCGACGCCGACGACAAUUUCACAAGUCGCCAAACCUCUAUAUCAGCCCCGCGUGUAGGCAUUUCACAAGCCGGCAACAACUUUACAAGUCGGGAUGAUACUAUCUCGUAUCCAGGUGCAUUUAUUCCAGACGCCGACGACCAAUUCCCAAGUCGCCAAACCACCGUAUCAGCUCCUCGCACAGUCAUCUCAGACGCCGAAGACAACUUGGCAAGUGGCGAUACCACCAUCUCGUGUCUAUGGGAAUAG